AUGCUCGCCACAAGCCAGAAACUCCUGCAUCGCGCACGGAGUCUGCGCCGUCUGCACAACCACAGCAACUCCCAUUCCAGCGACGACGAGACCCUUCCGCAGAUGCCACCUUCGCCGACCCAGAUCUCCUCGCCUCGCCUCUUCUCUACAUCCGCCUCGGUCGAGCCCAUGACCGUCCCCAUGACCGUCUCCAGGCCCAUCCCCAUGCCCAUGCCGCCCACCCAGCGGCCACGCACCAGCGGCCACGGCGGCAUCCCCAUCGCCGAGGUCGACCACCCCCACGACGACCACAUCCACUACCGCCAGGCCAGCACCUGCAGCCACGCGUCCCGCGCCUCCAGCUCCUGGUCCUCCAACGCCUCGACCACCUCGUCGACGACAUCCUCCCGCAACGCCGGCCUGGAGUGGGAUUCUCUGCGGCUGCACCCCGUGCCCUGCAUGCCCAUGCCCAUGCCCAUGCCCGUGGUCAACGCCUCGCCCCAGUACUACGACGCCGGCCGCUCAUUCUACUACGAGGAGGAUGCUGAUGCGCUGGCGGCCACCACCAGAGGGCCUCACGGCUUCGAUUUUGGCUUUGAUGCGUCGGCGCCCCGCCCCUCUACCGCGUCUCGUCGCCGCGCCGUCCGCCAGACCAUUGCCGACAUCCACCUGGCCUCGUCCGCCGCUGACGACGAGGGCUUCGAGGUCCAGGGCCUGUCGGCGCCUCCGCCGCGCCACCACCGCCUCCGUGCGCACCAGUCCGAGGCCAACCUCCAGCAGACCAUGCGCGACCUGCAGCUGCUGGGCGACAGCGGCGUCCUGGACCGGCCGUCCACGCCGCCGAUGCCUGCCCUGCCCACGAGCGAGCCCGCCUCGCCCGUGACGCCGCGCACGCAUACGGCCGAGUCCGAGUCGGAGCGCUACUUUAAGCGUGGCAACUGGAAGCGCCGCGGCAUUGUCUUUAGCGCUUUUGACGAUUAA